AUGACGGGAACAACUAUAAUUUUACCUUUGACAACGAUCGAAGAAAAUAUUGACGAGAUCGAUAAUAAUAAUGAUAAUGAACAUUAUCAUAAUAUUAAUAAUAAUCAUUAUCAACAAAUGGAGAAGAAGUACUCUCUGCAAUCAAAUAGUAACAGUACUGACCGUCCAUUACAUUCACAACGAAAAACACAUGUUAAAUAUAUCAAAGAAGAGACAAUAGAUGAUGGAUCUCCACCAACAACGGCAGUAUCAACUGAAACUACAACAACACCAAUACUUAAUCAAUCUUACACAAAUGACAAUCACAAUAGUGGUACAAAUAGUAACACAGCUUCUGUUCCACUCAUUGUUGUCACACAUGACGAGAUUGAUACAACAUCAACGAAACAUCUUAAACAUCAUUCAUCUAGGGUUGACAAAACAAAAGAUCCCUAUCCAUCAAUUACACCUAUCAACAUGGAUAACAUAAAUUUUAAAGAUUAUUUCAAUACCAAUUCUUGUCCGGGGUCACCAGUAUUACAUGAAAAGAAUACAUCAUCAGCAAUAAAUUCAACUGGUUUAUCACCACCAGGAGGAUCUCAAGCAGCAACUUCAAGUUUAACUGGUAGUGGAAAACGACGUGGAAUUGGUCAUCGAGCAAGUUAUAAACGAGCACAUAUAGGACGAUUAUCUGUCGAUCAUACACCUAAUGAAUUAUUUAUUGAAUUACAAGAAUUAUUAUCCACUGAUGAUAAUGAUUAUUAUUGGAAUGAAUGCGCAAGAUGGAUUCGAUAUGAAGAAGAUUUUGAUGUUGAAAUGUUACGUUGGCAAGCACCUAGAGUGGGUUGUUUAAAUUUUCAUAGUCUGCUUGAAUUACGUCGUGGUUUACAAUAUGGUACUGUUUUAUUUGAUCUUGAUGAGCAAAGAUUAGAAGGUAUAUAUGAAGCUAUUAUUAAUGAUGCAAUUGCUAAUGGACAAAUGAAUAAAGAUGUUAAAGAUGAAUUAUUACGUAUUUUAACUAGUAAUCAUAAACAUCCAGAACCUCGUUCUUCAUUUCGACGUCGUUCUUCUGCUGUUGAUUUUCCUCAAAUGAGUACACGACGUUCAAGUUUAGCUUUCCGAAAAAAUGAUCAAGUUAAUUCUGAUGAUACAAGACGGAUGAGUUUAUUAGAAUCAAAAGCAAAUGGAGAGUUAAACAAAAAUUUAAAAAACCUUAUUGUCAAAUAUAAUCUUAUUGAUGAAUCUGUAGCAUCUGAUCUACAAACUAGACAAACUUCAUCUGAACAAAUUAGUAAUAUAAAAGGUAGUAAUGAAAGUGUUAAUCAACUACGACCAAUAUCCAUCAGUCAUCGUCCAUCACAAAGUCAACCAAAAAAAUCACGAGAUUCCGCUCCAUAUAGGUCUGAUGUUAUGCGACGUAUGCCAGAUAAUGCUGAGUGUGCUGAAGUACUUAUCGCUGGUAUACGUCAUUUAACAAGACCUGUUAUGGCAUUUGUUCGUCUUUCAGAAGGUCAAAUGAUGGUUAAUAUGACUGAAGUUCCAUUACCAGUUAGAUUUAUUUUUUUAUUAAUUGGUCCUGUAUUGGAAGAAUAUUUUGAAAUCGGUCGUUCUCUCAGUACUCUUUUUAGUACACCUGAAUUUCGUGAGAUAGCUUAUCAAGCAAUGGAUCGUCGUGAUUUAUUAAGUGGUAUCAAUGAUUUUCUAUCAGAUUCUAUUGUUUUGCCACCAGGAGAUUUUGAUAAAGAACUUCUGUUACCCAUAGUUGAAACAGCUAAAAUAAAAAAUAAUAAUGCAAAAAGACGUUCAACACGACGUAAAAAACAAACCAAUAAUAAAUCAUCCGAUAGUCAACAACAACAACAACCACAAACUCAAUCUACGAGAAUUCUAUUAGCUCAAAUAUCUUCAAUAUCACAUGAUAAACAAGAAGAAGAUCCAUUUUCAAGAAGUGGUUUCAUAUUUGGUGGUGUCUAUCGCGAAAUGCAUCGUCGUUAUGCUUAUUUUAAAUCAGAUUUUUUGGAUGCAUGUUCACUCCAUUGUUUUGUUAGUCUUGUAUUUAUGUUUAUUGCUUGUCUUGCACCAGCACUUACUUUUGGUGGUAUUAUAGCUGACAAAACUAACAAUCUAUUAGGUGUCAAUGAAAUGUUGAUUGCAUCGUCGAUCAGUGGACUUUUAUUUGGACUUAUGAGUGGACAACCAUUAUUAAUUCUUGGGCCAACAGGACCCUUUCUUGUAUUUGAAGAAAUGGUGUACGAUUUAUGUCAAUCAUUAAGUGCAGAUUUUUGGACAGUACGAUGUUGUGUUAGUCUUUGGACAACUUUUUUUAUAAUUAUCCUAGUGGCUUUUGAAGGUAGCUUUAUGAUUCGUCAUGUAACUCGAUUUACCGAAGAAAUCUUUGCCCUUAUUAUUGCUUUGGUUUAUCUUUAUGAACCAUUUAAAAAACUUUAUAAAAUAUUUUGUUUAAAUCCAGUCCAAUCUUCAUAUAAUUAUGAUUAUCCAUUAACUUGUUCAUGUAAUAUAUCGUCUGUAUUGAAUACAACAAUUGCUUUUGAAAAUGUGAAUUCAUCAUAUGAUGAUUUGUCUUCUUCAUCAAAGUAUUCGUGCUAUGAUUGUAUGUCGCCUAAACAAUAUUCGUCCUAUUCAUCAUUGUUAUUAAAUAAUUCUUCAACACUAGUAUCAAAUGAUGAAUCUCAAUUGCCAAAUAAAGCACUUUUAUCAUUUAUUAUACUUCUUGGAACAUGUUUUAUUUCAGUUGCACUUAAACGUUUUCGGCGAAGUAAAUUUUUCGGACGAACAACAAGACAAACAUUAAGUGAUUUUGGUAUGACGAUUGCGCUUAUAUUUAUGGUGCUGUUCGAUAUGUUAGUUACAAAAAGUGCUGGCGGUCAUAGUCUUACACAAAAAAUAACUGUACCAGAUUCAAUUCGGCCAAGUGAUCGAGAACGUGGUGAUAUAUGGUUUAUACCACCUACACGAAAAAUUUUACCAUUUUGGCUUUAUUUUGCAUCAUCAUUUCCUGCUAUUCUAAUAUCAGUGGUGCUUUUUUUUGAAGUUGAAUUAACUAGCAUUAUGAUUCAAUCGAAACUUCGAUGUGUUCAUUCAACAAAAGUUAUCAAAGGAACAGGUUAUCAUUUGGAUAUAUUAAUACCAGGUAUAUUAGUGUCUAUUAGUGGACUUUUUGGUCUUCCGUGGAUAUGUGCAGCACCUGUACGAAGUAUUGCCCAUGUCGCUAGUUUAUCUAAAUACAGUAAUACUCAUGCACCUGGAGAAAAAGCUCGUUUAAUUGAUAUUAAAGAUCAACGUUUAACAAAUAUUGGUGUACAUUUACUUAUCGGUUGUACAAUAUUUGCAGCACCAAUUAUUCGAAAAAUUCCUGUUGCGGCUUUAUUUGGUAUAUUUUUAUAUUUUGGUAUUGUCUCAAUAUCGGGUACACAACUAUUUAGUCGACUUAAAAUGACAUUUAUUCCAACAAAAUAUCAUCCAAAUUUUGGUUAUUUAAGACGAGUUCGUCAAAUGAAACGAAAUGCCUAUACAUUUAUUCAAGUGAUUGCAGCAGGUUUAUUGAUUACAAUCAAAAUUACAAGAUUUGCCUUUCUAUUUCCAUUUAUACUCGUCUUACUUGUGCCAUUUCGGAAAUGGUGUCUUCCAUGUUUAUUUACAGAACGUGAACUAACCGAACUUGAUGGUGAUGAACAACACAGUACUAUUUUUGAUGAUGAAAUUGAUUUUUAUGGUCAAGUUCAUUUACCAAUUUAA